CAACUCGAAAAAGGGAGAAAAAAAGAAAAAAAUGUUUUAGAGAGGAAUUACGGGGGGAAAUUCAACACUGGAUGGGCAGAAAGGAAAGGGGAGGGCCCCGGGUCUGAGCUGCUGAUGCUCUCCUCAUCCCUGGACUUCCUUCCCUCGCGCGCUCCGACACACGGAUGAUGUAACUGUUUCAUGACAGACUGAGCUCGGAUUAUCACGAUUAACGCGGGUUUUCUUUAAUGAUCUACUCACGAUACAGUUUAUAUCUUCUACCUUUUUGUGUGUGUGCGUUUUUUUAACCAAACGCUCCGGUCCAGGUUCGGCUCAGCGGGGACGUCGCGCCGAAUUUACGCGGCAGUUCCUCAGCGAUGAUGGGCAGAGGUGCAGUCAUGUGGCAGAGGGUCCAGAUCUGCUGCGCGCUGUUCGCUCUGUGUUCGGCGGCGCCGCCUGCACACAUCAACCGCCUGGCCUUGUUCCCCGACAAGAGCGCCUGGUGCGAGGCCAAGAACAUCACACAGAUCGUCGGGCACACAGGAUGUCAGCCUCGCUCUGUUCAAAACAGGUGACCCUGGAGUGCCCUGGCAGCGAGUCUCCUCGGGUGGACAAGCUGGUGGAGCGGAUCUUCCACUGCAGCUGCCAGUCGUGCAGUAAGGAAGGCGUCCAGGAGGGGGCGGUGAUGCAGCUGUAUCCAGCAGACAACACCCUGGACUCAGCACCGACUUCAUCCGAUUCUCUGAGCGGGGUUCAGUCUCUGCCUCACUCUGAUACGCACACGAACAAACACGUGCAGCUGCACACAGACCAUCACACACUACCGCACACGUCAGACGGAGGGUAGGACGGUCAUCUGUUCACUAAAAACAAAAUGUGACUCUGCUCAUCCCUGCUCUCCUCCACGCUGCAUCUUCUGUACCAAUCUGUAGUUUUGUAAAGAUAAGACUCCACUUUUUGUUGAAAGCUAUCUGAACGCACCUGAUUCAAUAUGAGCUCACACAAACUCUUUUGUUUGUUCAUUAAUACUUGCAUAAAUAUAUCCUGUUAAUACACCGUAGGCCUUUAAUCUGCUUUCAGUACAAUAAAUUCUGGUUUUGUGGU